UAACAAACAAAUCAGAGCGCAAGACACCAGAGGAGCAGAAAUAUGGCGGACCUUGUACUUGGGUUGGCGAAGUCGGCGGUGGAGGGGACCCUGACCAUGGCCAAGACGGCGAUUGAGGAGGAGAAGAAGUUCAAGAAGGAUGUGCAGCGUGACCUGAUGCUUAUCUCCGAUGAGUUCCAGAUGAUGCACUCCUUCCUCAGCGUCACCAAGGAGCGUGCCACAGAUGAUAUGACAAGGACCUUGGUGAGACAGGUCCGCAACAUGGCCUUAGAUGUGGAGGACUGCAUCGAGUCUGGCAUCUACCUGGAUAACAAGUCAUCUUGGUGGCGCCAAUUGCUCCAACCCUGCAUGUUCAUGGCAACACCUUCUGUGGGCUUGGACGAUGCCAUUGCUGGUAUAGAGCUGCUGAAGUCCAGGGUCGAAGCCAUGGGCCAGAGGAACAUGCGCUACAGGCAAAUUGGUGACUCCAGCCCCAAGCCUGCUGAGAAGAUGCAUCAACAGGCGGUAGCUGAUGCAACCGUAAUGGAUACCCUCUUGGAGGCAAGAGAUGGCAAGAUGAAGCUUAGCGACCCAAGAGACCUUGUCAUGCUGAUUAAUAAAAAAGAUGACGCCAUUCCACUUCAAGUGCUCUCGGUAUGGGGAGCAGCAACCGAUGUUGGGGUGGCAUCCAUCAUCAAGAAGACUUCUGACAACCCAGAAAUCUGCAAAACAUUCAGAUGGCGUGCUUGGGUGAAGCUGAUGCAUCCCUUCAAUCACCGUGAGUUCAUCCGGAGCUUGCUGACUCAAUUCUACGCCAACUAUUCUCAAGAAAGAACUGUAGAUUUCUUGAAACCAAUUGAAACGAUAGCAACAGAAGGUGCACUCAUUGAUGAGUUCAUGAAGCAAGUCAGUGAACAUAGGUACCUAAUUUUCCUGGAAGACAUCUCCACCAUGGUUGACUGGGAGGCGGUCAGGAUAUACCUACCUGACAUGAACAAUGGUAGCUGCAUCGUGGUCCACACCCAGCAGCUUGAAGUUGCAAGCUUGUGUGUUGGACAACCACACCAAGUGCUGGAGCUGGAGCGGCUCUCUGAUGAACAUUCUAUUUGUGCCUUCUUCAAUGAGAAAAGAGAAGAUGGUGAGAGGAAUGCCAAGACGGAAGCUGCAGAGAAAUGGUUAAAGGAAUUUCAACACGUUGGCCGCCAAACUAAUUUAUACGUUCUUAGAUCAAUGGUAUACCGUUGUGAUGUGAUAUCAGUGUUUGGGAUUGCUGGUGUUGGCAAAUCAACUCUCGUCAAACAGGCGUACUACGAGGCAGUGACUAAACAUGGGCGUUAUGAAAAGUUCGCCUGGGUGGAUGUAUCCCAUCCGAUCAAUUUAAGGGAAUUAUCACGCACCUUACUUUCGGAUUUAAACUCGGAUUCUCUGCAACAUGGAAGCAACUUUAGAAUUAAAGACCCUAUUCAAGAGUGUUGCUGUGUUCUUCACCAACAUAGGUGCCUCAUUGUUAUUAAUGAUCUGAAGUCCACUGAAGAGUGGGACAUGAUAAAGGAUACAUUGGCAGGACACAGUCAAAGCUGUACCAUUGUCAUUACACAUAGAGAAAGUGUCGCCGCAUAUUGUUCUAAAGCAUGUUGCAAUGUCAAAGGCCUGGAAAUUGAUGAAGCACUUGAUCUCUUCAAAAUGAGGGUGUCCCAGAAGAUUGGUCAUCGAUGGGCCCCGGACCCUGACACGACUAAUGCUGCAAAACUUAUCCUACAUAAGUGUGGCGGACUUCCAAAAGUGAUAGUUGCUGUAGCUGACUCCAUGGCCCCAGUGUUACAUUACCCAGAGGUCUGGAAGGUUCUGAGAGAUAGGUUCGUGGAAAUUUUGGAAGGCCAUCGAGAAUUUCGGUGUUUACGGGAUCUAUUUACCUGGGUGCAUUCAUACUUCCGUUCUUGCCCUGAUUUCCUCAAGCCUUGUAUCUUCUAUUUGUCAAUCUUCCCUCUGAACCAGAGCAUUCGGAGGAGACGGUUGGUGCGGCGGUGGGUCGCCGAGGGCUACUCAAGAGACACCGAAGAAAAUUCUGAAGCAAAGGGCAUCACAGGGCCUUUAAGGGGUCACAAAGAAAGUAGCGCAGAGGAGACCGCAGAGCAGUUCUUUUUCAAGCUCUUCUUGCUCUGUAUGAUCCAGGUACCAGGACAGAGAACACUAUCCUCUUACAUGAGGAUGCCCCGGUGCCAAGUGAAUGGUUUCCUCCGUGAAUACAUCAUAUCACGGUCAAUGGAAGAGAACCUUGUCUUUGCACUGGAGGGGCGUUGCAGUAUAAACGCACAACGGACAGGACGACAUCUCACCAUAGGGAGCACCUGGGACAGGGACAGGAUUGUGUUUGGGAGCAUCGAAUUCUCACGGUUGCGGUCACUUACUGUAUUUGGUCAAUGGGAAACAUUCUUCAUCUCUGAAAAGAUGAGGCUGCUCCGGGUGCUGGAUCUAGAAGACGUGUCAUCAGGUGUAACAAAUGGUGACGUCGAGCAAAUGGUGAAGCUGCUGCCCCGCCUGAAGUUUCUCUCCUUGAGAGGAUGCAAAGAAGUCUCUCGUCUUCCGGAUUCAUUGGGUAACUUGAGUCAGCUGCAAACUCUGGAUAUCAGAUACACCUCCGUUGUCACUCUUCCACAAAGCAUCACCAAGCUACAGAAACUGCAGUACAUUCGUGCUGGUACCACCGUACCUUUUGAUGUUGACACCAGCACGGUUGAAAGCCUACCACCACCACCACCAUCAGCAGCAGCCGAGACCCGAUCACUAUCAACAUCAUCGACAAGCAGGUCAUGCGGUGGUCUUAUGUCCAAGUUAUGGUUGUCAAAGUUGUCCACACACCGCCGGAUUGCCGUCCGUAAUGGUGGCAUUGACGUACCCAGAGGGAUUAGACUACUGACAACAAUACAAACGCUGGGUGUCAUAGACGUCAGUAGUGCAAGAGGGCGGGCUAUUCUGGAAGAACUCAAGAACCUUACCCAACUGCGCAAGCUCGGAGUGUCUGGCAUCAACAGGGAAAACUGUAAGGAGUUUUGCUCUGCCAUCUCAGCUCACGGCCAUUUGGAAUCCUUGUCAGUGCGGCUCGUUGUGGAUCAGAAUCUAGGCUGUUUGGAUGGCAUCACCUCACCACCGGAGAACCUAGAGAGCCUUAAGUUGUACGGACACGUCGAAGAGAAGUUGCCAAUAUGGAUCAAGCAGCUGCCGAACCUCACUAAACUGAACUUACAGAUGACGAAGCUAACCACAGAUGGGAUUGAUAAUCUUAGUGAUCUACCGAACCUAAGAACUCUCUGUCUUUGUUUCAAGGAAUUUGAAGAUGGCAAGCUCCAGUUUGAGGGCUCUUUCAAUUCUCUCAAGGUCCUCGAGAUUGCUUGCAACUCCAGGCUACAGGCUGUAUCCUUUUACCAUGCAGUAAUGUUUCGUUUUGAGUUGUUGAAGCUACGCUGCUGUAGUGCAUCGCCGUCAUUGCAGUUUUCUGGGCUAGAGAAACUAAAGGCUCUCAACGAAGUCUGGCUCAGCGGAUCUAAUGACGACGUACUAAAGAAACACUUGAAGGACCGACUUUUGGAGCAUCCGAGUGAAAAAAACCCUGUUCUGAUUGAGGAACCAAGCUCGUCCUGAAUCCAGAAGGGCACCCAGCAACUUGUGGGUGGUUGUCGCCCAUACCGUCCCAGGCGCGUCUGCGGAAGCGGAACUGCACGGCUGGUGCUGUUCAUUUCAUUUCUCUACCACUCUGUCCACCUUUAUCACUCAAAUAGGGGUAGCCGUUUGGUGUAACUGCACGUCUUUAGCAGUACAAUUAAACUACAUUACUGAGCACUGAAAUACUAUGUUUCUUUAAAA